CGUUAGACAAUCAAAUCAAAUGAUAUGGACUUAAACAAGCAGAUUUCAGUGUUGUGUUGGUCCAUUAGGGGAUAAUGAGAACCCUAGUAGGUUAAUACACUAUAAAAAGACUAUGGUCCCCAAGCCGUCAGAUAUAGUUUCUCUUCUUCCCAUAGGUCCUAUUAACCAAUAAAGAGGUUCUGGCUGAGGAAGAAUCAUGAAGUCACUGGUUACCUAUGGAUUCAGAUUUCGCUUGCAUUUGUUGAUCAAUGAUCCAAGUAUUCCUAAAACUCUUCCUGAUCAUAAUGUAAUGUGUUCUUGGUGGUUAUUGAUAUUUUAUAAGGAUCCCCUAAAAUUCCAACAUUGUGUUCUUAGGGAAUGUUAUAUCUUCAUUUCAAGCAAAUUCUAUUCCCAAGACCAAGAGGAGGAUGGAUAUAUAAUAUUCUCAAGGGAAUAAAAGUUAUUUUCUACAAUAACUAUCUAUUUUCAUUACAUUCUAAUAUUGUUGUUUUACUUUUACAUUCUAAUAUUGUUCUACAAUUACUAAAUGCCAAGCAAACAUGUCUUUGAGAAUAAUAUGAUUAUGUGAGGUUCAGGAAGCAAAAGCCCGGAUUUGCCUAAGAGCCAAAAAAUGAAAUGCAGGCCGGGAGAUUCACUAGAGGGCCCAACAAAUAACUAAAAACAGAGUAUUGAGGCGAAGGUGGGCUUGAGUGGGCCAUACCGUACAGAAAACAAGUAUCAUUUUCAUUUUGGCGAACGAGUGCGAAUCUUUUUCUCUUACGUUGUUAUUUUAUUUCCUUACUAUCUCCAUCUGCAUCUGCUACGUUGUGUUGAGCUUUGAGAUCUGUCUCGCCAAAAUUCAUGAUUUCGUGUUGAAUGCAUCAUCAGAGUUAGGUUUAUUUUUUGACAUUUGGUGUAAAAUGGGGGUGCCAACUUGGAGAAAACCAGUGAUCUACUGGGUUUGCCUUUUCGUCAUUAUCAAUGCGUUUGUACAAAUUAGCAAUGCAUUUUAUCUUCCGGGAAGCUACAUGCAUACUUACUCAAAUGGAGAUCCGAUAUAUGCCAAGGUUAAUUCAUUAACUUCUAUUGAGACCGAGCUUCCCUACAGCUACUACAGUCUCCCUUACUGCAAGCCCCUUGGUAAAAUAAAGAAAAGCGCUGAGAAUCUUGGAGAGCUCCUCAGGGGAGAUCAGAUUCAUAACUCUCCCUACCUUUUCCACAUGAAUGUUAAUCAGUCAAUCUACCUCUGUACUACGACCGCCUUGAAUGAGAAUGAGGUAAAGCUACUGAAACAAAGAACUCGUGAUCUGUAUCAAGUAAAUAUGAUCCUUGACAAUUUGCCUGUUAUGAGGUUUGCCAAUCAAAAUGGGAUUAAGAUCCAGUGGACGGGGUUCCCUGUUGGCUACACACCACCUGAUGGUAGUGCAGAUUACAUCAUUAACCAUCUCAAAUUCACGGUCUUGGUUCAUGAAUAUGAAGGAAAUGGUGUUGAAAUCAUUGGGACUGGGGAGGAAGGUAUGGGUGUUAUUUCUGAAGCUGACAAGAAGAAGGUAUCCGGAUAUGAAAUUGUUGGCUUUCAGGUUACCCCUUGCAGUGUUAAGCGCGACCCUGAAGUCAUGACAAAACUCCACAUGUAUGACAAUAUCUACUCGACAAACUGUCCAUCUGAGCUAGACAAGUACCAACCGAUUAAAGAGCAAGAGAGGAUAUCAUUUACAUAUGAAGUUGAGUUCGUGAAAAGUGAUAUAAGAUGGCCAUCGCGUUGGGAUGCUUACUUAAAGAUGGAGGGCUCCCGGGUGCAUUGGUUCUCCAUCCUAAAUUCAUUGAUGGUGAUCUUUUUCCUAGCCGGUAUUGUCUUUGUCAUUUUCUUGAGAACUGUAAGAAGGGACUUGACUCGGUAUGAGGAGUUGGACAAAGAGGCACAAGCUCAGAUGAAUGAGGAGCUUUCUGGAUGGAAGCUUGUUGUGGGUGAUGUAUUUAGAGAGCCUGAUGGUUCGAAGCUUCUCUGUGUGAUGGUUGGGGAUGGGGUUCAGAUUCUUGGAAUGGCUGCUGUGACUAUUGUUUUUGCAGCCCUGGGUUUCAUGUCACCAGCUUCCAGGGGUAUGCUGCUUACCGGGAUGAUAAUUUUAUAUCUUUUCCUAGGAAUUGCUGCUGGAUAUGUUAGUGUACGUCUAUGGAGGACCAUUAAGGGAACCUCGGAAGGGUGGAGAUCCAUUUCCUGGUUAUCUGCAUGCUUUUUUCCUGGAAUUGCUUUUAUUAUUCUAACAGGACUGAAUUUUCUUCUCUGGGGCAGCAAAAGUACUGGUGCUAUUCCCAUUUCCCUGUAUUUUGAGUUGCUCUUCCUCUGGUUCUGCAUAUCAGUUCCACUUACCCUCAUCGGAGGAUUUAUGGGGACAAAAGCUCAGCAAAUUGAAUAUCCUGUGCGAACUAACCAGAUUCCUAGGGAGAUUCCUGCACGUAAAUAUCCGUCAUGGCUUCUUGUUCUUGGUGCAGGAACUCUUCCAUUUGGAACCCUUUUCAUUGAGCUUUUCUUUAUCCUUUCCAGUAUCUGGCUUGGGAGGUUCUAUUAUGUAUUUGGUUUCUUGUUGGUUGUUCUUCUAUUGCUGGUUAUUGUUUGUGCUGAAGUGUCAGUGGUCCUCACAUAUAUGCAUCUUUGUGUGGAAGAUUGGCAGUGGUGGUGGAAGUCAUUCUUUGCUUCAGGCUCUGUUGCUCUUUAUGUCUUCCUGUACUCCAUUAACUACUUGGUUUUCGACCUGCAGAGUUUGAGUGGACCUGUCUCAGCUAUACUUUAUCUCGGCUAUUCCCUGCUCAUGGCAAUUGCAAUCAUGUUGUCAACUGGAACCGUUGGCUUCCUUAUGUCAUUUUACUUUGUGCACUACUUGUUCUCAUCAGUAAAGAUAGAUUGAAGUUUGCUUUGCUAUCUCUCACCAGCUAAAGCAAAAGGCAUGCUGGAAGAGGAAUUUUUCUUAAAUAGUGUAACUUUUGCUUAAUUCUUUUUGUAGCUUGAUUUGCAGCAUGUUGAGUGGUGAAAUAGAUGCCUUGCUGAUUGCAGUAAAUAGUUGCCACUCAAUUUUAUGUUGCUAUGCGAACUACAGUUUGUUCCCCUUUCUACCUGUCUCUCCCGUAAGUUUACUCAUUCAACUAGUGUUUGGUAUCAUUCUGUUUCAUGUGAUUUAGUUUGGUCAAGUUGCUUGAGGAAGUUGUAAUUGCACAAACUGUCUUAUUCCUUAUUCAUUCAAAUAUCAAGAAAAAUUAAAUGGAUACUUCUAGGUUUCGUCAA